AAAAAAACAAAAAAAAAUCAUCAAAGGAGAUUCAACUUCUCCGGCGUAAGAAUUCCUUCUCUGCUGAAUUUAAUCCCGUGAAAUCGAUCCCUGGCCGCUCGAAUUAUGCCAGAGAUCGACCAUGAAGUCGCCGGUGACAGUUGCGCCGCCGCGCUCUUUGGCAAGUACGAGCUCGGGAAGCUUCUCGGCUGUGGAGCCUUCGCGAAGGUAUUCCAUGGCCGCGACCGCCGCUCCGGCCAGAGCGUCGCCGUCAAAAUCCUCAACAAGAAGAAACUCGCAGCCAAUCCCAACCUCGCCUCCAACAUCAAGCGCGAGAUCUCGAUCAUGCGACGAUUGAACCACCCGAACAUCGUGAGGCUCCGUGAGGUUAUGGCGACGAAGUCGAAGAUCUUCUUCGUCAUGGAGUUCGUCAAGGGAGGUGAGCUUUUCAACAAAAUCGCCAAGCUCGGCCGUCUAAGCGAGGAUCUCAGCCGCAAGUUUUUCCAGCAGCUCAUCUCCGCCGUCGGUUACUGCCACGCGCGCGGCGUCUACCACCGCGAUCUCAAGCCGGAGAAUCUCCUCAUCGACGAGAACGGAAACCUGAAGGUCUCCGAUUUCGGUCUCAGCGCUUUAACGGAACAAAUCCGACCCGACGGGCUCUUGCACACCUUGUGCGGGACUCCGGCUUACGUAGCGCCGGAGAUUCUCUCGAAAAAGGGAUACGAGGGAGUGAAGGUCGACGUCUGGUCUUGCGGCGUCGUUCUGUUCGUCCUCGCCGCCGGUUAUCUGCCGUUCAACGACCAGAAUCUCAUGAACAUGUACAGGAAGAUAUACAAAGGCGAUUACCGAUGCCCGAGAUGGAUGUCUCCGGAUCUGAAGCGAUUCCUCUCUCGCCUCCUUGACGCAAAUCCCGAGACGAGGAUCACCAUUGAUGAGAUCCUGAAGGAUCCAUGGUUCGUGAAAGGAGGAGUCAAACCGAUCAAAUUCCACGACGAACCCGAUCAGGAUUCCGAUCCCGUCAAGGGCGACGAUGAACCAGAGGGGGUGAAGAAUCUGAACGCAUUCGAUCUGAUUUCGUUCUCAUCAGGAUUAGAUCUCUCGACCUUGUUCGAAAGCUCCUGCAAAUCGGUGGACUGCGAGAGAUUCCUCUCGGAGGAGUGUCCAGAGAAACUGAUGGAGGAAGCGGAAAGGCUCGCGAGGGCGGAGAGGCUGAGGGCGAAGAAGAGGAAGAAAGAGGAAUGGGGGCUCGAGAUAGAAGGGCAUUACGGUAAAUUCGCAAUGACGAUCUACUUUUUCCGCCUCAACGAUCGCCUAGUGGUGGUGGAGGCGAGACGGAGAGGCGGCGACUCGGACUGCUACGAAGACGUAUGGAGUAACAAAUUAAGGCCGGAGCUCGUCCGCUUCGGACAUGACUCGCAACUCGACAACCCACUCAUAUGUUUUGAUCAUUAAAUUCAAUCCAACCAUUGCUAGAUUUCAAUCUCAAAGCACUAUCCACAUGUAUACGUGAUGAUAGAUGAUUAUACGAUAAUGGUGAUCCACCAAAGGAUUUAAAAAAAUGAAAUAAAAAACACGAAAAAAGUCUCUUGCAGUCUUUAUUCACCAAAGGCAGUGUACCAAAUCCGUAGUUUUUCUUAUAUAAAUCGUGGUUUUUUUUGUUUGUUUGUGUGAGUGCACCAUAAUAUUAUUAAAUAAGCUGA